UAAAUGCUGACCUUGUGUGCAAAAACUAAUCGAAGGCUGGUCUUCCAAAGAGCGUGAAGCAACUGUUUGAUCUGUUCCAGAAUGUUAUGGGUUUACGAGUUUGUGUCAUUGCCUUGUGGUUUUGACAUCUUGCUUAUGUGAUUUCAAAUGUCCACCACAGGUAUUCCGAAGAAGAAGCCUGCACGAUUUACAUAUUUCUUUGCAUACCACGGAAGAAUGGCAGGCGGCAACCAUGCCCCUGUGGAGAUGGUGUCCUUCAGAGUAGCCGGGUUCUCCGACGCCCUAGACUGGAGGCCCACGCUGUUCCAAGAGCCCAUCAUUGCGCAGAAAACGUGCGUCCUCUGCGGGGUUUUAUACAAGAAAGCAGUCGGGCUGCCCUGCAUCCACACGCUGUGCAUGAAGUGCCAUGCCCAGUGUGUCGACGAAGGGAGUGCGUGUCCCGUCGACCAGAAACCCUUCUGCGAAGAUGAUGUUGAGCAGCUGGAGGUCCCUCUCAAAUACAUCCUGAACCGUACUGUUGCUUGCUGGAACGCACCUAAAGGCUGCAGCUUCAUUGGUCCUGUAGCAUGCCUCUUGAACCACUACAAGGAAUGUGACUUCAACGUCGUGCCCUGCUGCCUGUGUCACUCAACAGUGCUGCAGAGUGACAUCUUGGAGCACUUCAAGAAUGGUUGCAGCAUUCCCCAAGCCACGCGUCUGCCUACUGCCAACCCUGCCACCCAAGACCUUAGGAAUGUCAGCAAAGCUUGUCUCGAGAUGAACAAAGCCAUAGGGAAGAUCUCCGAGGACAUCAUGUCGCUGCAGUCAAGUCUGAACCGGUGCAGUGAAGAUGUGAGAGCUGAGGGUACAAGAUGCAAGGGUCAAUUAGAGGCUGAAGCUUCUAGGCUCACUCAGAAGCUAAUUGACUUUAGCACAGUCUGUGCCACUGAAUUCACCGAGGGACUGCAGAUUCUUCAGCAAGCAAUGGCCGACUAUGAAAAGCAUGUGAGUAAGGAGCUCUGUGUGCAAAGGGUCAAGCUGACUGAAGUCUUGGGUGUGGUGCGAAAAAGUUUGCCAAGUCCUAAGCCCGAGACAAUCCAUUGGUACAUUGAACACUGGACAGACCUGAAGAAUGAAGCACUUAGAAAUGGCUCGAAGAGCUUGUAUAGUCCCAAAAGGAAUGUGUAUGAUUACAGUGUAUCCCAAGUUGUCUAUAUUGCACGUAUGGGCAGCGAGGUGGGCCUCGGGUGUUUCAUGCAGUUACACCCCGGGGAACAUGACUCGCACCUAGAGUGGCCCUUCAGCAAGGUGUACUCCGUUGGUGUCAUUCACCCGAAGGGCCAGUCAAGUACGAUUUCCUACAAGGUAAAUGCUGGCUGGCAUAAACAUCGGAGAAACUUUCUGAGGCCAAAGGGAGGAAGUAAUGGAGCUUUUGGAGCAAAGUGCCUCUCCACAGCAGAAGAGCUAGAAUUUGACGGGUUUAUCGAGAACGAUACGCUCCAUGUGUUCUUGGAAAUCGAACCUUAGGUUUGGUCUUCAACCUUGCCGACCCGCAGCUUGAUAACUGAUAACAUUUAAAUAUUUUGUUGUGACUAGGCUGAGAAAUGCAGGAAAAUGAUCGAGAAGGGAAUACCUGCCUUGCCUGUGAUGCUAUCGCAUUUGGUUGCCAAUAAAGGGAGUUACUUUAUAAGGCACACUCUUUCACAUUA